AUGACUCCCACUAAAAGAGUGACUCGUCAUUGUGCUAGCAGCCAGGAGGAAGGGAGUCAAGGAUUUCAGGUUAGAGUUCCUUCUUUGUUGAAAGGAUUUUCCCUUCAAGGUGCCAAUGACAGCAUUUGCAUAGCUACAGGUUCUUCUCUUAAAAAUGGACAAGUGAACCAGGUGUACAAGAUGGAUAAUGGACAAGUGAACCAGGUGUACAAGACGGAUAAUGGACAAGUGAACCAGGUGUACAAGAUGGAUUUUUCCAUGGAAAACCAAGGCUUAAACCUGAUCAAGCCUCUAGCUUCUGCUGUGUCAUUAGGCUUACAGCCCACCACCCCAACACAGAGAUCGCCAAUGUGCCAUAAGCCAUCAGUGUGUAGUCCAGAGAAGAAACAGUUUUCUCCCGACCUGUCGGCCAUUGCUCUGAUUCAUUUGAUCAAGUCCCCACUUCUGUCACCCAGUUCAGUAGGC